UUGUAUUUCAGCGAAGAAAACUGAAAUAUCGGGAAAGAAGCAAGAGACCAACCUCAAAUAGGGGAUCACAUUGAUCACUAAACAUAGAUUAAAAACCAUGUAAAUUAGAGAAAAUGGUCAAUCUCACACAACACCUAUAUUAAAUGAAGGCCAAACACGUCCCAUUUCGAUCACUUGCACUCCUUCCCUUCCAUUCUUAUAUAAACCCUUCCUUCACAGCAAAUUAAACUUGAAACAGAAAAAGAAGAUCGAGAUAGAGAAAAAUGGCAAGCAUGGCUCUUUCAACCACCCUUUCGAAAUUCCAACACACCAGAGCAAUGGUUGCACGCAGCCCAUGGAGCUCUAGGGUUUCCGUAUCACUUGCACCACGACCUUUCCAGGGAAGCUUGCGUAAUGGUGCUACAGCUGCAUAUGAUGGGGCAUCGGACGCAGCAAAACGAGGCACCAAUGAGGCAAUGAGGGUCGGGCAAGACAUGAAAAACAAGGCUGCCUCUACUGCAGAAGAUGUGUCUCGCAAGACAAAAGAUGUGACCGGAAAGGAGGGAAAUGCACAGGAUUUAGCACAGGAUAUAGCAGAGAAAGCGAAGCAGACAGCCCAAGAUGCGUGGGGUUCAGUUAAGGACACGACACAGAAGAUCAAAGAGACUGUGGCGGGCAAGGCUGAAGAAUCAAAGGAGGCUAUUAAAGAAAAUGCAGAGACUAUCAAGCAGAGCAUGAACACCAAAAAUUAAUGUUUUUCACUACUUCAUACUAAAUAUUAAUCAGAUCUAUAGUUUUCAACUUUAACUCGAGAGUCAAAACUUUGUUUUAUUUUGUUGUUGUAUAUGCACUAAUCAAGAGAUGUGCAGUUGUUUAUUUAUUUAUUUUUGAAUAUAAGGACCAUCCUGAAUUUAAGGAGCCUUAUUCAAUACUAAAUAUUAUGUCUCCACUUUCACUAGUCUUC